UAAAAUGAGCAAAAGAUUGAAACUGGAUGUUAUCUCGACUUCAAGAACCUUACGUUCGAGAAAAACCCUCACGACCUUCUCGGAGAAAACAUCGCCUUAUUUUGCCGUUGAGAAAACAAUUGUAAAGACCGGUUCGAAAAAACGCUCGCCGAUCAAGAUCGAGUACGAUGCGACAGAGGAUAAAGCGAAUAUUAAAAGUAUCGAUGCAACAUCAGCCGUUGAGAUACAGAGUCGAAAUGACAAAGAAUUAUCGACGCUAAAAACUGUCAAAAACGAAAAAUCCGAAAUGAAGGACGAGAAUGUAGAACAAUCAGCUGAUUCGAAAAACAUCAAAGAUGAGAAACGAUGGAUGCCACCGAAUUGGGAGAUUAUUUUGGAAAAUGUCAAAGAAAUGAGGAAGCAUAAGACAGCCCCGGUUGAUGACAUGGGUUGUCACAAAUGUGCAGAGCCUGAUGCCAGUCCACCAAUAGCCAGAUAUCAAUCAUUAAUAGCUCUGAUGUUAAGUAGUCAAACAAAAGAUCAGGUCACACACGCUGCUAUGCAACGUCUUAAUACUUAUGGUUGUAGACCAGAUAUAAUAGCAGCUACCCCUAAUGAUGUUCUAGGCAAACUUAUAUAUCCAGUUGGAUUUUGGAAGAGAAAGGUGGAGUACAUAAAAAAGACAUCAGUUAUUCUUCUAAAUAAAUAUGGAGGUGAUAUUCCAAAAACAAUAAAGGAAUUGUGCGAGCUACCAGGAGUAGGACCUAAAAUGGGUCAUAUAUGCAUGCAGAUUGCAUGGGGAGAAGUGUCUGGUAUUGGUGUGGAUACACAUGUUCACAGGAUUUGCAACAGAUUAAAAUGGGUGAAAAAGCCAACAAAAACACCAGAAGAAACAAGAAAUGAACUAGAAGAUUGGCUUCCUAAAUCUUUGUGGAGCAAGAUAAAUUAUCUUCUUGUAGGAUUUGGUCAAGAAAUUUGUCUACCUCGAUUUCCCAAAUGUUCUGAAUGCCUUAACAAUAAUAUUUGUCCAUAUGUCUCAAAAAAUAGUGAACAGAAGAAAAAGUAAUAAAUUCAAAUAUUUAUAUAUAAAAAAAAAUUGUUUAUUAUGAAACAAAUUUAUUUAAAAUUAUAUGUUCAACAAAUUUUUCAAAUAUUCUAAUGUUUUGAUUUCUGUUUAAUCCGUUUACCAUGUUUGUGUACUACCUUUUGAGCAUUAUAUAAUUUUUGUCUA